AUGGCAGUCCAACUCACCCAAGAAGAACUGGAGCUAACCACCAACUCCAUCCUCAACCCGAAUUUUCGAUUUUCCCCGAGCGAGUACCGGUCUAACCCGUCCCAAUCCCAGUCCACCCCGAUCGAGGCCAGCCAUGAGUACGAGUUGAACCAGUCGGAAUCGCUUACGGUUCUAUACAAUCUCCUCUACGACGACUCGUCGUACUUGUCCAAAACCGACAUCCUCAGUAUUCUCAACUCCUUGAAAAAUCGAGAGGACGACUUGCCUUUCGCCAUAACCUCACUGGCCGAAUCAGACUUGCAAGGAGUGAAAUGGCCUCCUGGUCUCAAGGAGAAGUUUUACAUGGAUCGCUCGAGGGUCGGCAAUCAUAACUGGUUCCAUAAUAUACCUGGAUCCAAGGGAAAAGCCACUAGUGAUAUAACCAUACGAUCGUUCAAGUCCAACACCGACUUUUUCAGGUUCCACAAGUUUUUCUGCAAACUCAAGUUGCAUAUUACUCACUUUCAGCUCAGGAACUUGGUUUGUUGUGGUCCUAAUAUAUCCAACGGGAUAUACUAUCCUCUGAGUUACCACCAUGACCAUAACUUACAAACAGUGCAAAAUACCAACAUAAUAGGAAAUCACUCGUCCAGUAAUUUUGACCUCAACGAUGAUGACUACCAUACCUUUUUCAAAAUCAACCGAUUAAGGCCCGACAAUGUACCCUCCGCCACCUCCGACGCCAUGAAACUAGAUUGUAUUAUAGACUCCAGAGACCUCCUUCGCAACUCAAACACCAGGAUAUCCACCCUUACCUGCACAGAUAAUUAUCUAGCAUGUGGCACUUUUGAAGGGGGUUAUAUACUAUCGGACGUAUCACAACCAGACUCAUCCAAACUACUUGGAGAAUUCAACGUCACUCAGAAUAGUGACGGAAUAACAAAUCAUAUGAUAAUCAAUGAGAACAAUAAUGAACUUAUUGUGUCUUCCAACGACCGCACCCUUCGUGCAAUUGAUCUUGAACGGAAUACCACUAGAAAUAUGGUGGAUUUAUCCUUUGCUAUCAACUGCGCCUCCAUUAACACACAUAACACCAACGAAGUCUUCAUAACGGGUGACCAUCUAAGCUCAUUCAUUAUCGAUAGGCGAAUAUGCCGAAUGAAUCAACAAUCGAGCCAAGAGUUCAAAGGUCAUAAUGACUUUGGAUUCAGUUGUGAUUGGUCAACAAAGGACCAAAAUUAUCUCAUUACGGGAAACCAAGACAGUUGCGUGAGGUUAUGGGAUAGAAGAAAGUCGGACUCUUCCAUGUACUGCUGGAGUGGAUCUCUUGGCUCUAGGGCCUAUAGCAGUGGUGGACCAGUAAGGAAUUGCAAGUUCAAUUAUAGCGGGGACUACAUCGCAUGGGCAGAAAGUUUGGACCAUGUCGGUAUUGUACAAUUGGAUGACUUAUUACAUGCACAAGAUCAUAUCCAGUCCAGAAUCCAAUCAAUUGAUUUCAUUGGAAAAUGUACCGGAUUGAACUUUUCGCCUAUUGAAAAUGGAAAUGGAGAACAAUUGAUAGUCGGUGUGAAUGAUUGUCCAUUGGGAGGAAUAUUGAGCUACAAGCUCGAGAGUCGAGAAAAGUCUUUGGAUUUCGAUUUCUCAUUUUAG